CCAUCAAACCACACACAUCCAACAAUUACUAUGUGGUGUAUCCGAACGUGAUAGGGGGAUGCUACGGAUGAAGUGGGCCUUCUUCCAUCAACCCCACCACUGGUAAACGCUAUGCAAUGAGUUUCCCUGUGGUGACGGUAGAGGACAUGGUGGCUGCGCAGUUCCUGCUCCUGGACCAUCUGGGGAUCUCUCGUCUCCACGCCGCUGUCGGGUCGUCUCUGGGGGGCAUGCAGAGCAUCAUGGCUGCCGCACUCUGCCCUGACAGAGUCAAUCGGUAGGUCAACCAUCAUCUUUUCCACAGAGCUACAUUUUAAAUGGCCAUUAAUCUUUUGGAGCCGGCAGAUAUUGAUGGGAGAUCCCGACUGGAACGAGGAAGAUUAUUACGACAUCUCCUUCCCUCGGAUGGGAAUGACUCAUGCCAGGGAGGUGGGUACAAUAGCCUACAGGAGUGGGCCAGAGUGGGAACAGAGGUUUGGACAGAAACGAAGAGAUCCCGACGGCGUCCCCGACUUCUGCCAGGACUUUGAGAUUGAGCACUACCUUCUCAGACAGGGAGAGAAAUUCUGCGAAGCAUACGACCCUAAUUCUCUACUAUAUAUAUCAAAGGCUAUGGAUCUGUUUGAUAUGAGUAAUGGCUAUUCAUCUCUGGAGGAAGGUGUCCAGAGAGUCAUAUGCCCCGUCCUGGUUCUGGGGAUUACUUCAGACGUGUUAUUCCCAGUCCAGCAACAGAGGGAUAUGAGCGAAGUACUUCAAAAAUCAGGGAACAGAAACGCAACGUACUACGAGCCAACCUCCAUCUACGGACACGACACUUUCCUACUGGAUGUCAUGAACGUAGGGACAGCCGUGAAGGGCCAUUUGGAAUCAACACUCACUGUUUAGCUUCUGGCCACAAUUGCCUCGUUUUUCAAACAGAUUUUAUAUCAUGCCCAGUUUUUUUUACAAGUAUUCUAGUGGGCUGACAGGAUUUGAGAUUUUACGGAUAUUUUUCACAGCCAAUUUUUACAAGCUAUAAUUUACACAGAUCAUAGUGGUGGGGAUGCCAAAACACUCAAAUUUGUUGUCGAAACUCCAGAGUGAUUUUUAGAAGAGCUGACAAGCAUUUUAGAAAACAAUAGUUUGGGUUCAGCGAGUGAUUAUCUGUGGAGAAGGUCCCAGGAAGGAUACCACUUUCUCCACUCGAUUUGUUCGCGAGAGAGCCCCGGGUAGCCGUAGGUGAACGGGGCGAAGACGAGGAAGGAGAUGAAGAAGGAGAGGAGGAGGAGGGAUACCAGGAGGUGGUAGAGGAGAGAGAUUGGUCCGGGGAACCUCUUGAGCCAAGCGUAGAAGUGUUCGCAGACGGCAGCUAGGAGCAUCAGUUUGAACGGGACGGCAGGGAGGUAGUGGUGGAGGAACAACACGCGAGAAGUAAGGGAGACAGUGGGCCAACCAGCCCACCAGCAGAACACUGCCACUUGU